AUGUCUCUCGUUCUCUCUCUUUGCUUGGUCUUCCUUGCUUCUCUUUGCCAUGGUUCUCAUAGCUUCCCUGCUCAACGGACGACUCCUCAUCUUGAUGGGCUUCUCCCAAAUGGAAACUUCGAGCAAAUCCCUAACAAAUCAAACAUGAGAAAGAGGCAGAUAAUUGGCAAAUACUCCCUUCCCCGCUGGGAAAUCUCCGGCCACGUAGAGUUAGUCUCCGGCGGUCCACAACCCGGUGGUUUCUAUUUCGCGGUGCCACGUGGAGUCCACGCAGCUAGGCUAGGAAACUUAGCAUCGAUAUCUCAGUAUGUGAAAGUGAAGCGUGGGCUGGUCUAUUCUCUAACGUUUGGUGUCACUAGGACUUGUGCCCAAGACGAGAACAUCAGAGUCUCUGUGCCCGGUCAGACCAAUGAGCUCCCAAUCCAAACAUUGUUUAGUACCAAUGGUGGUGAUACGUACGCUUGGGCUUUCAAAGCAACGUCUGACUUGGUUAAGGUCACAUUCCAUAAUCCUGGUGUUCAAGAAGACCCUACUUGUGGCCCUAUCGUUGACGCUGUUGCCAUCAAGGAGAUUCUUCCUCUCCGGUAUAACAAAGGAAACCUUGUGAAAAACGGCGGAUUCGAGAUCGGUCCACACGUAUUCAGCAACUUCUCUACCGGAAUCUUAAUCCCGGCGAAGAUACAAGACCUAAUCUCACCGCUUCCAGGAUGGAUCGUCGAAUCUCUAAAACCGGUCAAAUACAUAGACAACCGCCACUUCAAGGUCCCAUCAGGUCUCGCAGCAAUCGAGAUCGUCGCCGGGAGAGAAAGCGCAAUCGCUCAGAUCAUCCGUACCGUCGCCGGUAGAAACUACAUCCUCUCGUUCGUCGUUGGAGACGCACACAACGGUUGUCACGGAUCGAUGAUGGUUGAGGCGUUUGCGGGAAAAGCGGCGUUUAAAGUAAAAUUCGAUUCAAAUGGGCAAGGAGCGUUCAAAGCGGGGCGUUUCGCAUUUCGUGCCGAUUCGAACCGCACGAGAAUAACGUUCUAUAGUGGGUUUUAUCAUACCAAGCUUCAUGAUUUUGGACAUCUUUGUGGGCCUGUGCUUGACAAUGUUAGGGUUGUCCUGGCCCGUUAAAUCUAAUUUCAUUACUUAUAAUAUAUCCUACUAUAUAAAGUAUAAUAAAUACUACUACAUUCUCUAUUCGUCGAAAUUAAGACAUUAUAAAGUCGGUGUUUCGAUUUCAAUUA